AUGAGAGUACGCCUUCUAGAAUAUGGACCAAUCGGUGGUGGUAGGAGUUGCACUAGGUAUGGCCGGUCGAUUGGUCGCCCUACUGAGCUGCAGCUUGUAGGCAUGGCUAAACUGUCGCUAGCAAGCUACACGCAAGUGGCCGUCGUCAAAGCAUUGGCUCGUUGUAAGGGUGAAUACCGUAAUAUGUAUGGGCAUUACGAGGUUUGGCAUGCUCGGGCGAAAGGUUGGCUUGGUUGUAAGCGUGGCCUAGUGCUAGCGCUAGCACUCGUGGGAGGCUAUUCGUGUAAGAAAAGGUGA